CCUCCCUCCCUCUCUCCCUUCCUCCCUCCCUGUGUGCGCGCCGGCGGCGGCGGCGCCGCGCUCCCUCAGCCGCGCCCGCGCAGCCCCCUCAGGAGUAAAYAUCAGUAUGAGUAGAGUCUGAGGAAGGGCUUCUGUGUUCCCACCAAGAGCUUGCUGACGCAGAGGAACGGUGCGAGGGCAGCAGGGACAUCUCGAGCUACCAUGGAUAUCCCCACUGAUUUGGUGCCCUCCUCCAUGAUGUCCCAACCUGAGGUGAUUGAGUCCACAGCCAUGAGCGAACCGCAGUGCUACUACAAUGAAACCAUUGCCUUCUUUUAUAACCGAAGUGGAAAAUAUCUAGCCACUGAAUGGAACACUGUCAGCAAGCUUGUAAUGGGACUGGGGAUUACUGUCUGCAUCUUCAUAAUGCUGGCCAACCUCUUGGUUAUGGUGGCUAUUUAUGUCAACCGCCGAUUCCACUUUCCUAUUUAUUACUUAAUGGCCAACUUAGCUGCUGCGGACUUUUUUGCGGGGCUGGCCUACUUUUACUUAAUGUUCAACACAGGGCCCAACACUAGAAGACUGACUGUAAGCACCUGGCUCCUCCGUCAGGGCCUCAUUGAUACCAGCCUGACAGCCUCCGUGGCCAACCUGUUGGCCAUCGCUAUYGAGCGGCACAUUACAGUUUUCCGAAUGCAGCUGCACACUCGGAUGAGCAACCGCCGCGUGGUCGUCGUCAUUGUUGUCAUCUGGACUAUGGCCAUCGUCAUGGGUGCCAUACCCAGCGUCGGAUGGAACUGCAUUUGUGAUAUCACUCACUGCUCCAACAUGGCACCGCUCUAUAGUGACUCCUAUCUGGUCUUCUGGGCUAUUUUCAACCUGGUCACUUUCGUGGUCAUGGUGGUCCUAUAUGCUCACAUCUUUGGGUACGUUCGCCAAAGGACUAUGAGGAUGUCCAGGCACAGCUCUGGACCCCGCAGGAAUCGGGACACCAUGAUGAGCCUCCUGAAGACUGUGGUCAUUGUGCUUGGUGCUUUCAUAAUCUGCUGGACCCCGGGAUUAGUCUUGCUGCUCCUCGAUGUUUGCUGUCCCCAGUGCAAUGUCCUGGCCUACGAGAAAUUCUUCCUGCUCCUGGCAGAGUUCAACUCUGCCAUGAACCCCAUCAUCUACUCCUACCGGGACAAGGAAAUGAGUGCCACCUUCAAGCAGAUCCUGUGCUGCCAGCGCAGCGAGAGCACCAACGGCCCCACCGAGGGCUCGGAUCGCUCAGCGUCCUCGCUGAACCACACCAUCCUGGCCGGCGUGCACAGCAAUGACCACUCCGUGGUGUGAGGCCACAGCCAGCCGUGUGACCGGCAAAGAGCAGCAGGCGGGGCASGGCAAGUGCACAGCCCCAGGGAAGGUAACCCACUCACUUUUGCUCAAACACUAAUGGACUACAAGUGCAUCUUUUCCAGGGGGCUGACGCGCCAGCGCAGACCACCCCGUCCACAGAACUGGCCGUGCUGCAAGGCCUUUGGUUUCUGCUUUGAAAAAGUACAACCUGGUUGCUUUGCGGAGGAGGUCAUCGACAGCCCAUGGAAAGCCUCGCUGAGACUUUGUUGGACUUUGCUGCAUCUUGGUGCCAGUUUGAAUCAACUCUGAUUAAUUAAGCUUAUACCUGCUUCACUGCAUUUACAUGUAGCCACUUAGUAUUUUUAAAAAGGGAGUAAAGGGGAUAAAAAUAUGCCUAUCAUUUAAUAGACAUGUAAUAUGUAUCACCAUCAGCAUGCUUGUGAUGAACAUUUUCUGUGCAGGGAGUAAAACUGUGCUCUAGUCUUUGUAUCCUUAGCCACACUGUCAUAACUACAGUAAAAAGAAAAGUAUUUUUUUCUAACACGGGCAAAGGAAGAUGAUGGAAACUGACUCUUCUUACCUUCAUUACUGGCGUUAGAGAGUGCAUGUUCUGUGUGUAUGCAGAUUGUUUUAAUUAUGAAAAGAAAAAAAAAAAGCUCUUUGUAAAGUCUGCAGGAAAGUAGAAAAGCAUAGACUGUAUUUCAGUGUUUGUUUAGAUUAUGAAAUAAACAGUACUUUAGUCACAAUGUAUAUAAGGUUCUUCUUUGAAGUGCGGUAUGAAAUGUGUAACAUGUAAGGGGUACCAAGUUUUUUAUGGAUAAGUUCUUAAAGUAGAACAUACCCCUAAGGCUCUUAAAGGGCUACAAYCAGGUUGGUAGACUGAAAAAAAUUGUAUUUAUGGCAUGUUCUUGGAAUGCUUUUAUUGUUCAUGGCAAAAAGCAUAGGCAUUUUUAAUUGGACAWAAAAAAGGUACAUGUCUUUAUGAAACCUUUCUUGUAAUUGAAAACAAAAUGCCUUCUGCAUUUUUGCACUGAGAAAUAUUUGUAGGGUACUUUUUAAUGAUGCGCCCUUCAUUUCAAAAGCUGUGGGCUAGUAAGAACCAAGGCACAAUUUUAUUUUGUAAAGUGAAGAUUUUACGAGGUAGUCAUCUACUGCAAAUACUGGACCACGCUACAGAGAGUAGCCACACAUGUACACUGUUAUAAAUACCUGAGCUAACAGGUGAGGUAUUUUCAUAUGAGACUAUUUUGAAGAGAAAUGUCACUCGUGGGAAUAGUGGUUGCCAAGAAUAAGUGAUAUUAAACCGAACUCCUUAACAGGGGUAAAUGUGAGCAAAGGUAGGAUCUUGCUGAUAAAAAACUUGGGACCUCUUUCCAGGAAAAAUGUUUUCUCCCAACAAUGUAAAAUACAUCAACAGUAAAUUCCUGGCGCUAUUUUCGUCAUUGUAAUUUGUGUCUAUAACAAAAAUAAGAAAACAAACAAAGCCAAACAAAAACCCCCAAACACUCACAAAAAAAAUGACCACACAAAACAAAACAAAAAAUCCCAGAGAUGUAUACCUUUCAGUGUACCAUACUGUAAUGUGMCUUAAGGGACAAUGUUCUCCCAUUUGGGCAGGGGAAAAAUGGAGGCUAGAGGGUCAGCCCAUCAAAACCCAGUAUUUUCAGCUUCUCAUCCUUUGAGGAGAUGCUUGGAUUUUAUGCUUCCAGGCAUAAGAUUUCUUGGAACAGGCAGUUCCYUGCUGAGGGAGGGAGGAGAAACAAGUGAGCAAAACCUUCCUCAUCUGAAUAAAGUGAGUGUUUUGCAACUGCUUUCACUAAAACUGAAAUCUACCUGAACUGUCAAGCUGUGGAAAAAGGAGUAGGCAGAAAGAAUAAACAUAACAUUAUCUGCCAGUUGACCAAAGUUUUGAAUGUAUCCACUUUCUUUGAACAAAAAAGGUCUUCUAUUCUGUGUGAGAGCAAGUGAAUGUACAGGUUGAUUUGGUUUUAGUCACAUAAGUGUACUGAGAAACAGAACAGACUAUAUGAACUUUUUCAUUUAAAAGCACCUGCUUGCUAACCCACUCAUCAUUUUUCCUUAGGGCCUACUUGAGACUUUAACUAGUGUAGGUAAGCCAAAGAAAGAAAAGGCUUAGACUGCCUCCAAAGACAGAGUGCAUUGACUGAAAAACAAUUUGCUUUUCUCAAGAGAGCUUGGAGUUCCUUUGUUCCUUGGAUCCAGCAAGAGCACUUUUUCCUAACAUCCCAUAAAAGAAGAUCUUMGACACUUUAUUCUAGGGUUUGGGGAUUUUGGAGCUGGGGGAUUGCCCUUUCCAGGUGUCCUUUUCACUGCUGUUUGCAUGUUCUUAUUGAAUCUCAUGCUGACAAAAAAGCAGCAAAUCAUUUACCCUAGUUUACCCUGCUGAAGUGUGAUGAAUUUUGAGAAACCAUAGGUAGAUAAUUUGAAACCAGGGGUUUUACAGUUGUUCAAGACAUGGGUGUGUCCAGAGGCCYCUUGUGAUGACAGGUGGGAGGUGGGAGAUGCUCAAGGAGAUUUCUGUCAUCAUUGUGGUUGCUGUCCAGGUACAUUGAUGAGCUCUUCCCCAAGGAGGCACUCAACAAUUCAAGAAGCUGAACCUUUUGAGCUCCUAGAAGCAGUUAAAUUUCCAYUGUCAGGUAUAUUAAUCUAGGAGCAUGUCUGACAACAGGCGGCUUUUCUUCUGAGAGGUGAAGUGCAAUGUUUCAGGUUAAAUUCAACAGGAGGAACAUUCCUUGUGCAAUUCUGCUGGAGGAACUCACAAAGCAUGUGGCUGCUGUAUAAAAAUUUGGUUGGUGCUUUGUGUUGUUGGCAUGUUGUCCCUAUAUCCCUAAGAAAUCUGAUCUGUGAAUUGAGUGGUUCUUUGCAAGCUAAUAAAAUUAAAGCUCCAGUGAGCAAAGAGAAUAAAAACCAGAGCCUGGAAUAGAAGGAUUCAUUUGCUGUGUUCCUUAGAAUGGUUCCCAUGCCAUUUGUUUUCAUCUCCAAAUUUUUUUUAAGUUUUGCUCUUCUAUUCAGAUUGUUCCAGCCUCAUUGUGCAGUUGUAGAACUCACUUCUGCUAUGUGAAAACACAGUGCAAAGCACUUAGGAAAAAAUAUUGCCCCACUUAUUUUUACUUAUCUCAAAUUCUUCAAAARGUUUUAGAAGACUUCUUAAAAUACCAACGAUCCUCCCACAGUCAUUAAAAUUCUUCUGUUGCUGACUGCCUCUGGUGCGAGUAAAUCCUCUUGAAGUUCAAAUGCAAUGGUGUUUGUGUCAGCAGUUKUAGGGGUGGGAAGCUGUGUAUUAAAAGGAAUACCAUUUGUAGAUCAAGGAAAAUGUAUUUUCCUGCUUCAUGUAUUUUCAGUGAUAGUAUAAAUCUGAAAAUUAAUUGAAAAUAUGUCCUUUGAAUUUUUCUUCUCYGUUUCUGUGACGUAUAGAGAGGGUGAGUGACCCAUUGGUCAGAAAAAGAACAGCUUUUACAUAAAAGGUUUCAAAAUAUAUGUUUAACACAUCCGUUUUCUUGUCAGCACCUUUUUUUUUUUCUGAAUUUUCUGAGAUCCCUUGGCAGCUUCAGGCUGGCUUCUGACUGAGAUGCUAAAAGCUGGCAGAAGAGAGAGACCAAAAAGAGGUCAGUGAUUCCUAAAACUACACAUACCUGUCUGUCCCUAGUGCAGUAACAGAGGUUUUUAAAUCAUUGCCACAAGAUUCACCAUUGUUUUGUUUGGUUUUUUUUUUUAAAUUCUGCCUUUGUCAAAUAGUCACAGCUGUGGCACUGUUUAAAGAAGCAGGCAGCAAAGGCUCAGAGUAGGCCCCUUGGCAAAAAGGGACGGGCAGGUAUCCUAUCUUCAUGGGGCAAACUUGGACGUCAAAGAGGAAGGGACAUAUUCUUACAUCCAGUGUCUUUCCUCUCCUAAAUUCUUGAUAUCAACAUAAAUUUGUCCCAGUAUGGGAUUGCACUGAAAUGAAAUUUUGUGGGUCACUCUGUGGUGUAUGUAUUGUGCUCUGUACUGCUGUGGUGGGCUAGGGUUUAACCGUGGCCACUCUGGGUCCCAUGAGCAGUGUGCCAGGGGAAACUCAAGUGGACUCUGCUUAUGAAGUGGGCUUUGUAGCUUUUUCUGACCUUUGUGUUGACCCAGAAGUAUGCUGCCAGAUACCAUACUUAACUACUGUGAAGCCAUCUAGGGCUUCUGUGUGUGCCACUGCCACAGCCAGAUCUGUCUGCAGACAAAAAACAUGCAACUUUUUCUGUGAAAGAAGUAAAAGUCCACCCUGUAGAUAGUUCUCUUCAGAUGGGAUUAGAAAGUACACCACCAAAUGGAGAAGCUUUGAUGCAAACACCUCUGGUCUGUCUCUCAGUCAAUGUGAAUCUAGGUGAUGCAAAGCAGAGCAGGCAAAGGCAUUUUACUAGGGCAUCAAACCUGUCAUUGUUCUGGGUCCCUUCUGACCAUGAGACUGGCAGAGGUCAGCCUUGGCAAACUGGCUCUUCAUUCCCACUUGCUGCAGAGGUGAAUACAGGUUUUCCCUUUUUCUGUUCCUGCUCAGGGCUUGUUACUGCAAGUGUAYCUGUCAUGUCCUUUCCAACCAGUUCCUGCUGUGAGCCAUCAGGCUGUGCUUUACACUGAUGUCUGUAGGAAGAGGAUUUGCCGUCUCAUCUGUUCAGGCAAAUUCCUUGGGCUUUACCAUUUGUUUGGAAAGGUCACUUCCAAUAGAGAGUUAACUUAAGAGUACUAACACCCACACCUCUCCACCCCUGAGUCCUUAAGAAAAUGUAUCCUUAACUUACCUUCCAUUUUCUUUCCUCAGAGGAUUUUCCAAGAAACUAUUCAUCAACUUCCUCUUUUCUGAGUCUGUCAAGGAGAAAAAAAAAAAAAAAGAGGUUGAUACUUAAAUAAAACAAACAAAACACCCAAACAGACACAAAAAAUAUUACAACAAAAACCUCACAAAACAAACAAACUAAGGAAAAAAACCACAAGAAAAACACGGGACACAAGGAUAUUAAAUUAUGCUGCUGUCUUCUGCGGUACAUGGAAAUCCAACACACUGAUAGCUGCCAGCAUUUUAACAAGAGCCUCCAUGAAAUGUUCCCGUUUGCCUGUGAUAAACUUCUGAUAACCAGAAGUGUAUGUGGGAGACUCAGGAAUCUGUUAAUUUUUCCUGUUUAAAUAAAGCAGUGUUUGUAAUUCAAAAGUAUGGAGAGAGCCAAUGAGGUUUGGCAAACAAUUUUGUUACUAAGUGCACUUACUGUAAAUGUUUAGAGGUUGUAUCUAGUACAAUAAAGUAUUUGGCAUGUGUAAUAUGGAGUGUGAAAGAAAUACCCUUUUUCGGGAGMGCUGGUAUUUCUGGAUGUGGAGGGGAAUUACUC